AUGCUAAGCGAUGUAAUACUUGACAAAGACGCACCUGAGAUUCAUGCGCCUGCUGAUGCUAAACUAAGCUGGCUGCGCUCUCAAAUAAUAGGUGGAAGUGCAUGGAUUCUGACUCCAUUCGGAAGACGUUUGCUAACAUACGCAGACCACACAGCCUCAGGUCGCUGCCUUCAAUACAUUGAAGACUAUAUCAUCGAAACUGUUCUUCCCUUCUAUGGCAACACUCACACAAGUGACAACCAAACCGGAGACCAGACCAUGAGAAUACUUCACGACGCAACUGGCUUUGUUAAAAAAUGCUUAGGUGGAACACAAGACGAUGCACUCCUUUUCUCCGGAUCGGGUACAACAGCAUCAAUAAAACGUCUUCAAGAAGUCAUGGGAAUUGCCAUUCCUUCGAUUUUAAGAGCGAAAGUACUAAACUCAUGUCUAGAAACUAACGACAGAUGGGUAGUUUUUGUUGGUCCUUAUGAACAUCAUUCCAACCUCCUCUCUUGGAGACAAACCCUAGCAGAAGUAAUAGAGAUUGGUUUGGAUGAUGAAGGAUUGAUCGACAUGGAUGAUUUAAAGUUCCAUCUAGAGUUUUACCAACACACUCGACGCCCAAUGCUCGGUUCUUUCUCCGCUUGUAGUAAUGUAACCGGAAUUUUAACAGACACCCGUUCUAUGUCUCGCUUGCUUCACAAGUUUGGAGCUUUCGCAUGCUUCGAUUUUGCAGCAAGUGCUCCCUACGUAGAUAUUGACAUGAGAUCAGGUGCCAUUGAUGGAUACGAUGCCAUAGUUUUAAGUCCCCACAAGUUUCUUGGAGGGCCUGGAUCACCAGGGAUUCUUCUGAUGAGUAAGACCUUGUACAAGCUAAAAGAUUCUCCUCCUUCGACAUGUGGAGGUGGAACUGUUAACUACGUUAAUUUUUUUGAUGAAAAGGAUACAUUGUACGUUAGUGACAUUGAAGAAAGGGAAGACGCAGGGACUCCACAAAUUAUCCAACGAGUGAAAGCAGCUUUAGCUUUUCAGGUCAAAGAAUACAUCGGUACGAAAAUAAUUGCAGAGAAGGAGAAUGAAUAUAUUGGAAAGGCAAUUGAGAGACUCAUGAAAAUUGAGAAUAUAAGUGUGUUGGGAAAUACUAAAGUAGAGAGACAAGCAAUCGUAUCGUUUAUUGUUUACACAACUAGAGACUCUUCGGAUGAUAAGAGAGACAAGUCUCUUGAUGGUGCUUUCGUUGCUAAGCUUAUGAAUGACUUGUUUGGUAUUCAAGCUCGAGGAGGGUGUGCUUGUGCUGGACCAUAUGGUCACCACUUGCUUGGUAUUGAUGAAACUCAUUCACUUGCAAUAAGAUCUAUAGUCGAAAUGGGUUACAUUGGAGCAAAAGCGGGAUGGACAAGAAUAAGCUUCCCAUACUACAUGUCCAUUGAAGAAUAUGAAUUUAUUAUAUCUGCUAUAGAAUUCAUAGCUAUUUAUGGACAAAGGUUUCUUCCCUUUUACGACUUCAAUUGGAAUACAGGCAGUUGGAAGUUUAAAACUAAACCUUUUGAGAAGAUAGUGCUAAGUGAGAAGGACCGAAAGUUUUGUAAAUCGUUUUUUACCUAUGCAUCAAAAGCUUUACAUGGGAAAGGCAACAAAUCAAAGACAGAAAAGAUUAUGGAAUCAAAAAGAACAAAUGAUACUCAUUCAUCCAAGUUCAGAUUUUAUUUAGAGGUUGCAAAACACAUAGGUAACAUACUCCCAAAGUUCCCUUCUCAAUUUAGUACUGUUCCCAAGGGCAUAGACAUCAAUGGUGUGGCGUUUCGAGUAUAGUUCCAAACUGGCCGGUGAACAUCCAGCCAAUGAUUAAAAAAAAAGCGAAAAACAAGUAUUUAGUUACUAGGACUGUAAAUAUUAAGUUUAUAAAUGUUGUAAAUUCUCAAACAUAAAUCAAAGGAG